GCCCCUUCGCGCAGCUGGUUCUUUGGGGCUGCUGAGCUGCGCGUCGCUGUCUCUAUGGCCAGGGAUCCGAGCGCAAAGGUUUUUAACCCUCCUUGUUAACCUCUGAGGCCAUGUGACCUGAUGAAUGAAUGGACUUGUGAAUACAACCUUACAGAAACUGGACCUCAGAGAACCAGGACUAGCUCUGUUGUCGGAGCAGGGUGACUCCAUCAGUGACUUACAACCCCUCCAUGACCCCACAACUCCCUCUCACCAUGGAGUUUGUAUUUGAUGCAGACAGACAGCGUGUGAUCCAUCCAUUCCUCUGACCUCUUACCGAGGAUUCCAUGGCCACACAAUCCUGUGAUUCCAUGUCUCCCCAAUUCCAGGACCCUCCUUGGCCCCAUGACGCCUGACUUUCCAAGUGACCCCCCAGGACCUUGACCCCUGUGACUAUUCUUCCCAUCAUCUCCUUGACUGGCCCUGGCUCUCCUUGAGAGUCUCGUUGGUCUGGGCCUCCCCAGGAAGAUGUGGGGGAGGCUCUGGCCCCUCCUAAUGAGCUUCCUCACAGCAACUGCGGUCCCUGGACCAUCCCUGCGGAGACCAUCUAGAGAACUAGAUGCCACUCCACGGAUGACCAUCCCCUAUGAAGAGCUCUCUGGGACCCGGCACUUCAAGGGCCCAGCCCAGAACUACUCAACACUGCUGCUGGAGGAGGCCUCAGCAAGGCUGCUGGUGGGAGCCCGAGGUGCUCUAUUCUCUCUCAGUGCCCACGACAUAGGAGAUGGGGCUCACAAAGAGGUCAGCCCCUGGCACUUGGACCACUCGGAGGGUCUCCAGCUUCAUCCAGCUCCCUGGGACCUCAACUUUCUAGAAAUGCUGCCAGCAUUCCAGAGCCCCCUGAUCCACUGGGAGGCCUCCCCAGAGAUGCAAAGCAAAUGUCAUCAAAAAGGCAAAAACAAUCAGACUGAGUGUUUCAACCAUGUGCGAUUCCUACAGCGGUUCAAUGCCACCCACCUCUAUGCAUGCGGGACUCAUGCUUUCCAGCCCCUCUGUGCAGCUAUUGAUGCUGAGGCCUUCACCUUGCCAACCAACUUUGAGGAGGGGAAGGAGAAGUGUCCUUACGACCCAGCCCGUGGCUUCACAGGACUCAUUAUUGAUGGAGGCCUCUACACAGCAACACGAUAUGAAUUCCGGAGCAUACCUGACAUCCGCCGAAGCCGCCACCCUCACUCCCUGAGGACUGAGGAGGCACCCAUGCACUGGCUCAAUGAUGCCGAGUUUAUAUUCUCUAUCCUGGUACGGGAGAGCAAGGCCAGUGCAGUGGGCGAUGAUGACAAGAUUUACUACUUCUUCACGGAGCGUGCCACUGAGGAGGGCUCUGGCAGCUUUGCUCAGAGCCGCAGCAGCCACCGUGUGGCCCGUGUGGCCCGUGUGUGCAAGGGUGACCUAGGAGGGAGGAAGAUCCUGCAGAAGAAGUGGACCUCCUUCUUAAAGGCGCGUCUCAUCUGCCACAUUCCACAAUAUGAGACACUACGUGGUGUCUGCAGCCUGGACGCUGACACAUCAGCUCGCACGCAUUUCUAUGCGGCCUUCACGCUGACCACACAGUGGAAGACCCUGGAGGCCUCAGCCAUCUGCCGCUACGACCUGACCGAGGUGCAGACUAUCUUUGCAGGUCCCUACAUGGAAUACCAGGAUGGUGCUCGGCGCUGGGGCCGCUAUGAGGGCAGGGUGCCAGAGCCCCGACCUGGCUCAUGCAUCACAGAUUUGUUGCGCAGCCAAGGCUACAACUCAUCCCAGGACUUGCCAUCGCUGGUCCUGGACUUUGUGAAGUUGCACCCACUGAUGGCUCGGCCCGUGGUACCCACGCGUGGAAGACCCCUGCUGCUCAAGCGUAGUGUGCGCUAUACACACCUUACAGGGACACCUGUCACCACGCCUGCUGGACCCACCUAUGACCUGCUCUUUCUGGGCACAGCUGAUGGCUGGAUCCACAAGGCUGUGGUCCUGGGCUCUGGAAUGCACAUUAUUGAAGAGACACAAGUGUUCAAGGAGCCCCAGUCUGUGGAGAAUCUGGUUAUCUCUCCUAUGCAGCAUAGCCUCUACAUAGGGGCCUCUAGUGGAGUCAUCCAGCUACCACUGUCCAGCUGCUCCCGCUACCGCUCCUGCUAUGACUGCAUCCUGGCCCGGGACCCCUACUGUGGCUGGGACCCCAGCACCCAUGCCUGCAUGGAGACCACCAUAGCCAACAGGACAGCACUGAUACAGGACAUAGAGAGAGGAAAUAGAGGCUGUGAGAGCAACAGGGACACAAGGCCACCACCACCAACGAAGACCCGCUCUGUGCUCCGGGGUGAUGACGUCCUCCUGCCCUGUGACCAGCCAUCCAACCUGGCUCGGGCAUUGUGGCUGCUCAAUGGAAGCAUGGGCCUGAGUGAUGGGCAGAAUGGCUACCGUGUGGGUGUAGAUGGGCUGCUGGUGACAGACACACAGCCCGAGCACAGUGGCAACUAUGGCUGCUAUGCUGAGGAGAAUGGCCUCCGCACCCUGCUGGCCUCCUACAGCCUCACCGUGCGGCCAGCCACUCCUGCCCCGGCUCCACAAGCCCCUGCCAUGCCAGGAGCACAACUGGCACCUGAUGUGAGGCUGCUCUAUCUGCUAGCCAUUGCUGUACUUGGUGGUCUCUGCCUCAUCCUGGCUUCUUCCCUCCUCUACGUGGCCUGUCUUCGGGGAGGCAGACGAGGACACCGACGGAAAUACUCGCUGGGUCGGGCCAGCAGGGCAGGGGGCUCUGCUGUGCAGCUACAGACAGUCUCAGGCCAGUGCCCUGGAGAGGAAGAUGAGGGUGAUGAUGGGGAAGGGGCAGGAGGCCUGGAGGGUGGCUGUCUCCAGAUCAUCCCUGGAGAAGGAGCCCCAGCCCCACCACCUCCACCACCCCCACUGCCACCAGCUGAGCUGACCAAUGGGCUUGUGGCACUGCCCAGCCGGCUGCGCAGGAUGAAUGGCAACAGCUAUGUGCUCCUGAGGCAGAGCAACAACGGAGUGCCGGCAGGGCCCUGCUCCUUCGCUGAGGAGCUCAGCCGCAUCCUGGAGAAGAGGAAGCACACGCAGCUCGUAGAGCACCUGGAUGAGAGCUCUGUCUGAGCCCAGCCUCCCAGGACGAAUGCUCUUCCAAGCCAGCCUGUCUUGCCCCAGGAUGGGCUGCUGCCUCCCCAACACAGUCACCUUACCUUCACUGCCCCCUAACUCCAGGCCCUUCUCCCAACUUUUUGAUGUCCCUGUACGGCUGGCCAGAGUUAGGCCCAGCCAAAGCCCCCUCCUCAUCUCCACAGAUCCAUCUGUGAGCAGCCCAGGCCAACCGGUGCUCCUCAGAGGUAGGUGCUCCCUCAGGUUCUGCAGCCCCAGUUCCUGUGCCCUUAACCUAAGCACUCAGGAAGAGAGGACUCCAUCCUCAUGCUGCAUUCAUCUGCUCAAACCCUUCUUCUUUCUCCCAGGCAGGGCUCUACAGGUCCAGAGGGCCUCAAUGUCACCAUCCUCUGCAUGGCCCUAUGUGCUGGAUGGUACUGAUACCAGAUAAGACCUCUGUCAGCUACCAGAGCAUCCUGAGCCCUGCAUACAUUCAGAUGUGCACAUGGAAGAAUGUCUAUCAGCUGGGCUGCAGGGCCCCUACCCUCACCUUCUGGUACAUUGCUGUUUAAUCCCUUUUUCUGGACUUUGGGUACCCUCCCAAUUGCCACAUCCCAUCCUAUCCAGUCCUCUUCCCUAGUCCUAGUCCUAGCCCCAUGUGGUGACCUCAUUGGCAAGAGCCUAAAGAGGUAAGACUUUCAUUCCCCUCUUCUCCCUUAAUGUGCUUGAGUCAGCUCCCUCACCCCACCUUGGUCACUCUUAAGAGUGGCAGAGUUCCAGGCAUGUCCCUUCCUCACACACAUGUGCUUACAUUUCCACUCACAUGCACCUUCUGGGCCUCCCCUGUCUGUUGAGUUUGGUCUUUUGACAUUUCAGGAGAGCCCUCUUCCAUUUAGCUAUCUUUGAAGACACUUCCCUAGAAUGGGUGACCGACACUGCACUCAAUGAGCCAGCAUUCCUUUUAGGGACCAAGCAUUUGCUACCCCUAGACCAGAGCAGGGGAAGGAGAGAUCUGAUGUCUCACCUGGCACAUGAAGCCCGUUCUUGGAACUAUGCAAAGGGCAGAGGCUGGGAGUUUGGAUGCUUGGCUCCCACCCCUGUCCUACCUCACCGGGGCACUUUCAGGGUCUAGGGGCCUCUGAAGUCUCCAGGCCCAUAUGGGACAAUCAAAUCCUGACUGAGCUCCCCCAUUCCCCUUGGGUGAGGAUGACUGUUAUUUUUGUAGCUGAGAACGUGGAAUCUCACGGAUUUUUACUGCCCUUUACCCAUCCUCUCCCACCUCCACUCCACAAUGAAUGUAUUUAUUGUGAGAACAGCUACAUUUCUUUAGGAAUGCCCCCACUCACCACUCAGGUGGGUGGAACAGGCAUGUGACAGAGUGGGGAGCGUGGGCUCAGCUCCCCCACCCUGUUGGUUAAUAAAUACCCUCUUUUCCCCACA